AUGGCUGACCUCGAGACGACUGACGGAUCUUCUCGUGGAUAUCUACCUGUCCUUCGCGCCCUCAAGCACCUGCAAGUAGUCAUGAACGACAAUUUCUUCAACAUUGCUUCCAUCCUGACUGCUCUUCGGGGCUUGCGACCGCCCGAUCCUCCGCCUUGGGCCGGGUCGGCCAUCCGUCAGCCUAUUCUGCGGUAUCUACCUCACCGUUACUGGGACUCCCAGGGACAGAAGAUUCCAUCUGUACUUGAAUACAAGGAGGCCGAUCUUUCCUCAAAGGGUGUAUCGGCACAGGAAUUUAUUCAGAAUGAGAAGAUCCACCGUUCCGUCUUGGACUUCGUCGAUGUCAAAAGGGCCUUCGCGACUCUGGUACUGCCCUCCGUCUCUGCUGUUGCUCAAGAACCCUUGGCCGUAGCCUCCUUUGGUGGAUAUGAAUGCAGCGAUGAUCCUAUGGAAGACGGUGAAGCGCAAGAGGGACAGUCUCUGCUAACCCAAGAUAGUUUCGCUGACCUGCGGCCUCUUCUGGAGUACUACUCCUCGCGUUCGACCAGCUUCACGGACUCAACAUCGGUUCUCUCGAGUUUAUCUUCUCUAUUCAAAGCAGAGUUCGACUAUGACCCGCAAGACCGCCCAUCGAUCGCACCUUCUUCGAUGCAGUCGGCGAUGUCACUGCUGCCUAACGACGAGCCGAAUGAGAACGUUUUGUCAAGCCCCUCGAUUGUCUCCGCUAGCUCUAUUGUGUCUGGUAUUUCGGCCCUAUUCGUCGGAGAUGAUGAGACUUCUGUGGAAGUUGGCCGAUCCGCGUGCACCCAGCUGGCUCCCGCCUGGUCCGCUCUGUCAGGUCUGUCGUCCUUCUUUGACCCCGCCGACGAUUCUCAGGACUACCUGGACAACGGCCUGCCCUCAAGUUCGUCCCUUCCUGCCAUGUUCUCCCUGGAAGCUAGUUUUGCUCUGGUAGUCCUUGCGCUUGCCGAAAUUUCCGUCGCCCUUGACACUGCUGAAGACCUCACUGACAGCGAGGAGUCCGCGGACAUCAGCCAUGCCUCCAUGGAAGGGAUUCAACAGGACGCCUUCCACGCCGAGUCUGAUGACGAGAAUCGCUCUUUCUCCGUCCUUGAGGAGCAACCUGUCGAAGAUCCCAUAAGCGAAGUCGGUCGUCAAAUCCAAGAUGCAGCGCAAGAGGAAGUGGCUAGAGAAAUCCACGAGAAAGUAGUCGACGUGGAACAUGGAGCCGAGGGAUCCGUUGUAUCCGCGCCUGAGGAACAACUGGCGCAAGAAGUAGACGGCAAAAUCGAUUUUGGAAUCCAGGAGCAGGAAGUACCUACUGGACUGGGAAUGAAGGAGGAAGACGCUGUAUUCCUCAACGAGAGCAGCGAGUCCAACUUCAACAGAGAAGUCGACAUGCAGUCUGAGGCGGAGUUCGCGAUGCACGAAAUCUUGACAGACAAGACACCCGUCCUUGAAGAGAGUCUCGAGUCUGGUUAUACCGAGGAAAUUGACGAAAAGGUCGAGACACAAACGCUUCUUGCGGAGCACGAAAAGCUGGAAGACCAAGAGUCCGAUGAGGAAGAUUACAUACUUGAGCAAGUCCAAGUGGAGUCUACAACACCGCAGGGGAGUCCUCCCGUUCGUCAGAAGAAACGCGUUCGCUUUCAACUCGAGAUUGGUAUCGUCGUACCAGGUCAAGACGAGGGCGCCUCCACGACCCCUGCGGGUAGACCCCGUCGUAAGCCGCGCAGGCAUAUGCGCUUUCAGGUCGAGGUCAUUCCUCCUUAUACUGGGAAAGGCAAGGUGAUCUCAACGACGCCGGAGGGCGUCCCUCCUCAGCAAGGUAUUUCUCAUGAGGGUCAAACUGGCACUCCUCCUGGUACUCCCCAUGCGGCCCAAUUCCGCGCUAAGGGGAAAAGCGCUUCAUGCUCGCCCAUCUCGAGGCCCAGCGCUCGUAAGGUCGGGAAGAAGCAGAUAGCCAACCUUAGUCUCCCUGUUUUCAAUCGCAAGGCUGCUGCACGAACUCCCGGGCGACCUCAGCGUGUCGUCGACGAUGUCUUUCUCCUCUCAAGUGACCCGCCUGUUAGGGUGCGACCUGAACAUGUUGUCGACGAUGUUUUUCUUCUGUCCACUCAUCUGUCUGCCCAAGAUGUGCCACUGGGACCGUUCCGGCCAUUGUCAAAGUUGAAUCGGAAAGUCAAAACGUUGCGUCGACCUGAGCAUCUGUCACCCGUGCCGAAGACAAGUGAGGCUGCUUCUGUACCUCGUCCCGCCAGUCCUACCGACGAUGAUGAGGAAUCGACCUUAACUCUCACUGAAAUCCAGGAUUUCCGUCUGCGUCUGGAGGCCACCCGUACCAAAGCAUUCCCGCCGCCUCCACCUGUGCCUGGGUGGGAUGACGACUCUGCUCGUUCUGUAGUCGAGGAUCUGUCGGCACAUGCUCGUCCUCAGGAGUGUUUAUCUAAUUCGUGUGUUCCAACGCAAGCUCCAGUCGAACAGGAGCAAUCUGUGGACUGUGGUACGUCAGGAGUCGAAGUAUCGCAUGCUCCUCACCUGGUGCAGCGGUCGCAGCGCACCAUGGUCUCUGUCGAUACCUCCGUGCGAGACGCUCAAGUGCAGCGAAGCCCAGUGACUCCGUCGACAUCCGCUUACAAUCUGGUCUACCAUUUGCUCAGGACUCCUGGCAGGUCGCCUGUCAAAGACAAGAUGGAUAUGGAUCUGUAUCCGUUGUUCCCAAAAGGGUGGUCUCUGUACAGCAGACCCGUUGUCGAUCCGGUCGAUGCUGCUCCAUGCUCCCGAGCUUUCUCUCUCGAGUCACCGAUUGAAUUUCCGGAAAUGCCUGCCUUAUUCCUGGCCUCUGACAAGACUGCCCAACCCGUGCCUGGGGUCGCUUCCGCUGCUGCUGUUGACCAUGAACCUAUGGAUACGUGCCCCAUCGCUCUGCCCUCUGACGACAAUGCGCAUCCGCAGCUCGAUGCGGCUGUCGUUACAAUUCCUGAUUCCGAGCCUAUGGACGUGUUGCCGGCGGAAGUGCCGGCCCCGGUGCUGGCCGCUAUGGAUAUCCUAGUCGGCAGCCUGACUCAACUCUCGCUAGGCCCCGCAGGCGAGGACGGUGGCGAAGACUAUGAGAUGGACGUAGAGCCUUGCUGCAGCAUCAUACGCAUGAGGACGUCGGCUCUGUGCCCGUGCCAACUUCACGGUGACCCUGUUCCGAUGGAUGUGGACCCUCUGUGCGCUUCAGGUUGCUCGGACAUCGUCAUGGUGGCAGUUUCUCGUGGCCCUUCUCUGAAUGUUUCGCUCAAUGCCAUGGACUGGACACCUACGGAAGUCUACGGCCUUUGA